UCAGGCGUCAUUUUCACAGGCGCAGUCGCUCUCAGUCGCCCAGUCCGUCGUGAAAAUUUAUUUCCCGCAGAUGUCUGACCAAGUGUUUAUUGAAAUCAUUCGAUAAUUAACCCAAAAACUGAUCACUCGAUCGUCCGGCAAUUCGUCGAAAUCGGGCACAACCCCAUUGAAGAUUUCACUCUCCUGUAUUGAUCGUCUGAACGAAUCCGAGAGCCCUAUUACGCCCUCAACAUGCCGUAGCUAAUGAUCUGGUUGUAGUUCAAGACGAUAUUUAAAUGCUAUUGAACUAACGAGAUAUAUAACAAAAAUAUCAUACUAUGCAAAACUGGAACCCAUGGCAGUUACCCACUGCCACUCCUGUUACCGGUUCGAUGCCACAGACUCCUGGGGGCUCCGGUUAUCCUCCACCCGGGGCAGAUCCCAUGGCAACAAUGCAGGCAUACAUGCAAUAUUAUAAUCAACCAGCACCGAGUGGAUAUACCGCUGAGCAGUGGUCAGCUGCUCAACAACAAAAUUGGGCCCAAUGGCAGCAGUGGCAACAACAGUAUCAACAGUGGCAGGCCCAAUACGGUGCAAAGUAUCAAGAUGCGAUGAAGCAGAUGUCAUCAGCUGGAGUGAGUGGAGUACCACCAGUUGUUCAACCACCUCCACUACCCAAGGAGAAUUCAACCGCGAAACCCCCUUUACCCCCUGAUAACGCGAGCUACGGUUUUAACGGUAUUUUACCACCGCAUCAAAAUAAUUUACCCCUUUUUCCGUCUAAAAAUGCGAAUCCUCCUUUACCACUCGGUCCACCACCUCCACCCCCUGAUAAUGCUCAUGAUGGCUUGAAUUCAGGGAAGAGGAGCGCUGAUACUGAUAUUGUAACUGAUAGUGCUAAGAAAUUGAAAAACGAAGAGGAUGAGCUCACGGAAGCCGAGAGAACGUUUGACGCACAAUUUAAACAGUGGGAAGAACAAUUUAACAAGUGGAAACAACAAAAUGCUAAUCAUCCGGACAAGGCACAGUACAAGCAGUACGAGGCAAAGUGGACAGCAUGGCGAGAGAAGUUGAUCGAACGACGAGAUCAGAUGCGAAAGAAGCGAGAAGCUCAAAGAGCUAAGAUCGAGGCAGAGAGGAAGAAGAAUAUGCCAGGUGGUGACAAAAUUCUGAAUAUUCUGUCCAGCACGGAGAAUCAGGGAUUACUGAAUAAUCUCUUGGGGAUUGGAAAGACCCUGGGAUUGACUGGCAAAGAUGUUGGCGAAGGACAACCACCUCAGACUGCGUUUCCACCAGCUGGACCAGCACCACCAGCUCUGGGUCCACCUGCAAUGCAGACACAGCCUCCACCUAUACCCAACAUGCCUGAUAUUACCCAGAGUCCUUGGGGUGGUCAGCAGUGGCCGGGACAGUACAACAUGGGAAAUAUGCCAAUGCCAGGGUAUUCCAACUUCUCUCAACCGCCACCUCUGCUUCCGCCUGGCAAUCAACCAAUGAUGCCAUCGACCAUGCCACCAUUCAAUCCACCUCCUAAUCUCAAUACCAACUUCUCGCAGCCACCGCCUGGCUUCAACUCAGGCUUUCCUGGACCUAAUCCUCAGAUUAAUCAGAAUUCUCGGGAUCAGGGAGGAUCAGGUAGGCGGGAGGACGGACCCCCGAAUAUGCCGUUUAAAAGGGACUCGUACGAUCAGAAUCAGCAGAACAGGUUCAACGAUCGAGGGACCAAUGAUCAAUUCCGGGGACAUGAUCAGUUCAAUCGUGAUGGCAACAGAGGAAUUAACUCUGGGGGUAUGAAUCAGGGGGAUGGACGUGGCGAUUUUUCGAAUGAUCGGUUUGGGAAUGAUGGACGGGACUUCGGCGGUCGGAGUGAUUUUCGAUCGGAUUCAUUUGCACCUAAAGAUCGAUUCAGUGAGAGAUCUUUUACUGAUAAUCGACUCGACGACCAGAAACCAAAGGAGCAAGAUCGAUUUGGGAAUAGGGGUGCAUUCGAAUCGAAUUUCGAACGUCCGCAGGAUCGAUUUGGCGGCGAUCGGUUUAGUGGGAAUGAUCGAUUCGGCUCUGGGAAUAAUCGAUUUGAUGACAAAGAUCGAUUUGGAGGGGAUCGAGCUGUGUCUGACGAUAGGAUGGGAUCUGGUGAUCGAUUCGGUGGAAAUAUCAACCGAUUUGAUUCAACUGAUUCAAACGAUCGGAGGGACAACUUCGGGGGUAAUUCUAGGAAUUUUGGCAAGUCCGAUCGUUUUGAUGGACCUCCAGAGAUGUCACCAGAGUUGAAAGCUCUCAUGGAAAAAAGACGAGCAGCUCUCAAUGUGUUUAAACCAUCCGGUAGUUUUCUGAGCUCUGAGAAAAGUGGUAGUACAUUUGGAUCGCUGGGUGAGAGCUUUCGGAAAAUCACGGGGAACGCACCUUUUCUGCCGAGGGAUCGACCAGGUGAUCGGGGUUCCAGAUCUGGACCGUUCAGUGGACCAGACAAUGGUCCCCUCUCUAGAUCUGGUUUUUCUGGUGGACCCAAUAUUGGACCGGAUAAUUCUUCGUAUAGACCGCCAUUUUCUGGUGGACCGGAUAACUCUUCGUUCCGACCUUCAUUUUCUGGUGGACCGGAUACUUCUUUAUCUAGACCAUCAUUUCCUGGUGGACCCGAUAAUUCAUUUAGAUCUGGAUUUUCUGGUGGACCCAACAGCGGACCAGAUAAUUCCUCGUUCAGACCGUCAUUUUUGGGAGGACCUAAUAGUGGACCGGAUAGUGCUCUCCUGUCUAGACCUGGAUUCCCUGGAGGGCCCAAUACCGGACCAGAUAAUUCUUCGAGACCUCCAUUUUCAGGUGGACCGGACAACUCCUUAUCUCGACCGCAAUUUUACGGAGGACCUAAUAGUGGAUCCGACAACACUUUGUCUAGACAGCCAUUUUCAGGAGGUCCCAAUAGCGGAACCGACAACACUUUGUCUAGACAGCCAUUUUCAGGAGGUCCCAAUAGCGGACCCGACAACUCCCUGUCUAGACCGCCAUUUUCUGGAGGACUCAAUAGUGGACCCGACAACUCCUCGUCUAGACCUCCAUUCUCUGGAGGCCCUAAUAGUGGACCCGAUAAUUCUUCAUUCAACGCACCAUUUAGUGGAGGGCCCAACUCUUCGGACAACUCUUUAUCUCGGCCGCCAUUUUCGGGAGGACCUAAUAGCGGGCCAGACGGCGGUCCUGAUCAAUUCCGCGACGACUUGCGCUCUCGAGGUGACACAUUCCGAUCUCGUGGGGACUUUGAGUCCCAAGAUAUGGGCCCGCAUUCAGAUGAUUUUGGAUCGCGAGGAGGCAAUGCUGGGGCUCGAGGGGGGCCGCCACUUCUAGACACAUCUCCGCAGAAAGUUCCACCACUCGAGGUACCGCCUUGGAUAGACCCGAACAUGAUGAAAAGUCCAAUGGGCCUCAGCGAGAGUGAGAAUCUCAAUAAGGAGCCUGACGUCUCAAAUCCUAAUGAACUGGCGGAGAAGGACAAGCCCGGCGUAAAUCCCAAUGCGUCAUCGUCACCGAUUCCUGAGCCAUUGAUGAAGAAACCAGACGGGCUGCCCUUCAUGGGAGAAAACGAUCCGAAACCCGAGGACUUGAACAUGGAGCCGCCACCGGAACUACCAGAUUUGGGCCCGGUCAAGCAGACUAAUCAAAUGGUGAGUGAACCUCCGUUGGAGUCGAAUCCGCCCAGCGAUUCUUUUGAUCGUCCAUCGAACUUCUUCAAUGGUCCAUUUGGAAAUCGAGGAAUGGAUGGUGAUCGAGGAAUGGCUCAGGGGGGACCAUCAGGAUAUGAAGGUGGACCUCGGGGGCCCAAUGAGCCUCCCUUCGGCAUGAGAAACAUGAGCGACUCCAAUUUCUCCCCGCGUGGUCCACCUGACGGUCCCUUCGGGCCUCGCCCGAAUCCUGGAUCAUUUGCGCCCAGCAUGGAAGACCGUUUUCGCAAGGACUUCGGUCCCCGUUCCUCAAAUUUACCGUUUGGGCCUCGAGAUAAUGAGGGUCGCAAUGAAUUUGGUCCGCGUAAUCCACCAUUUGGUAGGGAACAUGACGAUUUCGGUGGUCGAGGGCCCAAUUCGCUUGGGCCCCGGGAUUCACAGGGCUUUGGCCCACGUGGACCAAAUUUUUCACAACCAUUCGCUCCCCGCGGACCGAAUUCUCAAUUCGGUUCUCGUAAUGACGAAUUCGGCCCUCGUAAUUUACCAUUUGGCCCACGAGAGGGUGACAACUUUGGGCCCCGGGGGAAUGCCCCUUUUCGGCCCAAUGAUAAUGAUAGUUUCGAGCGAAUGCCCAAUUUCGGUCCGCGUGGACCAAAUGAUCUGCGCGAUCGUCCGAUCGCCGGGGACAAUUUUAUGCCUCGGCCUUUCGAGAGUUUUGGACCGCCUAGGCCAUUGGGGUCGAAUUUUGGGCCAGAUGACAAGGGGCCGCGACCGCUGUCUGCACUAAACAUGGAUGGACCGAUGAACCAAUCGAGGGGAAACACGAUGGGAGGCAUCGAUCGGGAUAGACCUUUCGAUCGAUUCCGGGACGAGGUUAAUCAAUCAUUAAACAAACCCAUGGAUGACUCAAGGCCGCCCAUCGGUGGUCCUCAGGGUUUGGAUCGGCGUUCCAAUUUCCCAAGGCCUAACAUGGACCGCGAACCUACUGACCCAACACUUAUGAACAGAGAUGAUAGGGGCCCUUUUAUGCGACCUGACGACGCACCGUUAGGACGGCCACCACCUGGACCAAUGCAAAAGAAUUUUGAUGGGCCAAUUGAUGACCCGAGGGAUGCAUUCUCACGGCGCAACGAUCAGGUUCCAUCUGGUGAUCGACGGGAGGGCCCCAUUCGAGAGUUUUGCGUUGAGAAGCAAUUCAAUUACAAUCAUGGUGGUGGUGUGCCUGAUCAGGUCUUCACCGAAUACAUUCCGUCGAAGGUCAUUGAUUAUGGCCACAUCAGGCGACCUGCAAUGCAGGAUUAUGCAACACCAGCUCAAACCUUUGAUUAUUCCCACGGUAAGUUCAAGCUGAGAGCACCCGAUCAUGAGAUUUUCCCGAAGUUGGAUUUCAAGCACUGGGUAGAGAAUGACGGCAACCUCCGGGAGUACGACGAGGGGAUGAAGGAUUAUGAGUCAAGGAAAAAGCAUGCCAGGAUGUUGAGACAGCCUGAGGCGCGCAUGGAGCCGAGGAUGGAUGAUCGCUGGAAACGAGAAGGGCCGAGGGACUUUGGUGGUCGUUAUCCAUCGUGGGAAAAACCUGAUUCGGGACGGAGUGCCGGGCCCAGAGGAUCUGAUUACAGGGAAUACAGGGAUCACGAUGAGUUCAUGGACUCGAGGGAUUCGCGGAAUAAACGGGGAAGGGGGAGAUCUUGGGAGAGGGACUCUGUUCAACGGCGUGACGAGAAAAAUCGUAGAAGCGCCAGCAAAGACGGAACACGUGAAAAAUACGAGAGAUCUCGAAAGGAUACUGAUUCUGAAUUUAACGUUGAUGACGAAAGAUCUAAAGGAAAUGUUAGCCGGCAGGAGAACUCAACAAAGACUCCCACAGAAUCAUCCCCUCCGAAGGACUCCAGUACUUCAACUUGCAAAAAUGAUGACGGUCCACCGAAAACACUGGAAUUGGGGAAGACACCGAAUUAUACUAUGGUGGAUGAUUUACUCUGCUGUCCCGGGCGGCAAACUCGACCGCCGAAGAUAGCAAUCAUCCUCAGAGGACCUCCAGGGUGUGGAAAAUCUUUCGUCGCUAAACUCAUCAAGGACAAAGAAUUAGACCAGGGUGGAUCCGCACCUAGAAUUCUCAGCCUAGACGAUUAUUUCCUCGUCGAGAAGGACGUGGAAACCAAGGAUGACAAUGGGAAAAGGGUUAUCAAUAAGGAAAUGGUAUACGAGUAUGAAGAGGCUAUGGAGCCCAGCUAUGUAACGUCACUAGUCAAGGCUUUCAAGAAAAACAUCACCGACGGUUUCUUCAACUUCAUUAUUCUGGACGCUAUCAAUGAAAAAAUAUCGGAUUACGAGGAGUUGUGGAGUUUUGCCAAGACGAAGGGUUUCAAGGUGUACGUCUGUGAAAUGGACAUGGAUGUCGCUGUCUGCUUGAAACGCAAUGUUCACAAUCGUACGGAGGACGAGAUAAAUCGAAUCAUCGAUUACUUCGAGCCAACCCCCAGUUAUCAUCAAAAAUUGGACGUUUCCUCACUUCUGCAGGAGGACGCUAUCGAAGAGGUUCAGAUGGAAGAAGCCCCAUCGUCGAAUCGCCAAGGGGAGGGGAAUGAUGACAGUCAAGAUAGCCAGGACGAUGGCUCAGGGUCGACGGGCGUCAGCAAAUGGGAGAAAAUGGAGGCAGAGGACAAGCUAGAUCGACUGGAUGGGUUGAAACGCAAGAACGAUGGAAAGCCUCAGACGAUGGAGGACUUCCUCCAGGUUCCCGAUUAUUACGACAUGGAGGAUAAUUCGGGGAAAAAACGGGUACGAUGGGCUGAUUUGGAGGAACGAAAAGAGCAGGAAAAAAUGCGAGCUGUGGGAUUUGUUGUGGGCCAGACAAAUUGGAAUAGAAUGAUGGACCCCACGAAGGGCGGGAGUGCCCUCACACGUACCAAGUUUUUCAAGUUGUCUUAAUGAAUUAAAAUGGGAAAUCCCUGACUGCAGAAAGACGUGUAUUGAUAAGAGAUAAUUAAGAUGAAGCGUAGAAAUCAGAUUUUAACGUCUGAUAAUUUUGCAAAUCAAUUCUUAGUUUAAGUUGUCGAUCUGUCUCUGAAAUGUAUGUAACACAAAUAAAUGUUUGAGCGUAUUGAAAAUAA